AUGGUGGCAGCGGGCCCCCCUGGGAAGCCAGGCGGCGUUCGAAGGGACGACCCCCUACAAGCGGAGCGGGACCGCGAGGCGCGGGAGCGGGCGGCGGCCCAGGCGGAGGCGCGGCAGGCCCAGUUUGAGCGGAGCGCGGUCGGCCGCGCCGCCAUCAAGUCGGUCAAGGAGGCGAAAAAGGUGGAGCAGCGGCCAUCUGGCGGCGCCACUGCACAGGACUGGAUGAGCUGA